UCGUGUUUGUGGGUGCCGUUGCUACUGCCGUUGUUCUUCGUUUUCGUCGUCGUUGUCGUCGUCGUCGUCAUCGUCGUCGUCGUCGUCGUCGUCGUCGUCGUCGUCGUCGAAAUCAACAUCAACAACAACGUAAACAUAAUUCAAGAUUAUCAACAUAAUAAACGUCUGCGUCGUCGUCGUCGUCGUCGUCGUCUUAAUAGUUUUCGUAAUAGUCUCCUCCUCGUAGACGUUUGUCGUUGUUGGGUCGAGUCGUCGUCGUCGUCGUCGUGGGAUCAGAGCCGGGAACGGUGACGGCUCUGAAAGUGUUUGUUAUGCGUCGGUGGUACAGCGGUGGUUGACGACGACGUCGACGUCGACGACGAGGAGGAGGACGAGAGAGGGCGGCAGAGGAGGAGCAGGAGGAGGAGGAGGUGCUGGUGCUGGAGGAGGCGGAAGAGGAAGAGAAGGAGCAGGAGGAGGAGGAAAAGGCGAAAACGAGCGGAAAGCGGACGGUUAUCGGGAGUGGAAGAAGAGAGAGUGGCCAGGUGUGUCGCGGCUUCACCGAGAAGGAGGAAGAGAACGUGCUGGUGGAGCUCGUGGUGGUGUGUCGGCGAAGAGGAAGAACGAAAGGAAGGGAGCCCGACGAAGACGAGGAAGAAGAAAAGGAAGGUAGUGCUGCUCGGAGGUUGCGCAGAGAUAUCGCCAAAUCUCUCUCUCUCUUUCUCCGGGUGGUCGUUUUGCGCACGAGAAGUAAGGGAGGAGGAGGAGGAAGAGGAGUAGAAGGAGGAGGAGAGCGGCCGGUGCGUGCGAAGAAGAGAAGAAGAGAAGAGAAGAGAAGAGAAGGGCCAAAGGAGAAGGUGCAAACGUGGUGUAUUUUUUCUGCGAAAGGGCUUAGAAAAAAAAAAGUGUUCCGCUCCGAGGGAAUCGACUACGUAGUCGAGUGUUGUAGUGCAUUUUUGUUAAAGUGGUGCCUCAGCACGAAGAGGGAAUCGCCAGCAGGGCAGAGGCUCGAACGCAUGUAGGAACAUGGCCGCAUCCAGCCCCUGCCUCCCUCUAGAGGUUGGCAGCAGCGCAAGAGGCGGCACAAAGGGAUCCUGGAUACGCGAGUCAGUACAGGAGAAGGCAGAGGUUGGCCGGACUGACUGGUCGCGGUGACUGGACUAGCUUUGGAGGGGAGGUAAUUGGUCCGGUGGAUAUGGCGCCAGGCCGGGAUCAGGGCGGAGGGGCGGGUGGAAGCGGGGGAGCCCAGCCCAAAUCUAAGGGCACGACCUCGCUGUUCAUCCUUUCGGAGGAUAAUUGUAUAAGGAAGCACACCCGCUUCAUCAUCGAGUGGCCGCCCUUCGAGUACGCCGUCCUGUUAACCAUCAUCGCCAAUUGCGUGGUCCUCGCCCUCGAGGAACACUUGCCCAAACAAGACAAGACCAUACUCGCACAGAAACUCGAGGCCACGGAGAUCUAUUUCCUCGGGAUUUUCUGCGUCGAGGCGAGCCUCAAGAUCCUCGCCCUUGGCUUUGUCCUCCACCGCGGCUCCUACCUUAGAAACAUCUGGAACAUCAUGGACUUCUUCGUCGUGGUGACCGGGUUCAUCACGGCGUUCUCGCAGGGCAUAGAACUGGAUAUGGAUCUGCGCACGUUGCGUGCGAUACGCGUGUUGCGACCGCUCAAACUUGUCUCCGGCAUACCGAGUCUUCAGGUGGUGUUGAAGUCCAUCAUAAAAGCAAUGGCGCCGCUUCUGCAGAUCGGAUUACUGGUUCUUUUCGCGAUCGUGAUAUUCGCCAUCAUCGGUCUUGAGUUUUAUUCGGGAACACUGCAUAAAACGUGUUACAGUAUAAAGGACAUCAGUGUGAUCGUGAAGGAAGGUGAGACUCCGGACCCGUGUAACACGGACGUUCAAUCGGAGGCACCGUUCGGUGCCCACGUGUGCAACGCGAGCACCUCAACGUGUUUGGAUCAUUGGGUGGGACCAAACUACGGCAUCACCAGUUUCGACAACAUCGGAUUCGCUAUGCUCACUGUCUUCCAGUGCAUCACUAUGGAGGGCUGGACUUCCAUAUUGUACUGGACAAACGACGCUCUUGGAAGCACGUACAACUGGAUUUACUUUAUACCAUUGAUCGUCCUUGGCUCCUUCUUCAUGCUGAACUUAGUUCUCGGUGUCCUGAGCGGAGAGUUUGCGAAGGAGAGAGAGAAGGUGGAGAACCGGCAAACCUUCCUGAAAUUGCGAAGACAACAGCAGCUCGAGCGCGAACUGAAUUGCUACCUCAAUUGGAUCUGCAAAGCAGAAGAGGUAAUUCUCGCCGAAGAGAGGACCACGGAAGAGGAAAAGAUGCACAUAUUAGAAGUGAGAAAAAGGGCCCAGGCGAAGAAGAAAAAAUUAAAGAAUCUUGGAAAGAGCAAAAGCACCGACACGGAGGAAGAAGACGCCGAGGAUGACCAGGACGAUGGGUUCUCGAGACCUUCCUAUUUCAAGUCGAGGGUGAAAAACAAAGGAACGUGUAUGCAAUUUUGGCGAGCCGAGAAGAGGUUCCGAUUCUGGAUACGUAAUUCCGUGAAAUCGCAGAAUUUCUAUUGGUUCGUCAUCGUCCUCGUGUUCUUUAACACCGUCUGCGUAGCCGUCGAGCAUUACGAUCAGCCACAGUGGCUUACCGAUUUUCUCUAUUACGCGGAGUUUGUGUUCCUUGCCCUGUUCAUGAUGGAAAUGUUCAUAAAGGUAUACGCGCUCGGUCCUCGCACAUAUUUCGAGUCGAGCUUCAAUCGCUUCGACUGCGUCGUCAUCUCGGGCUCGAUCUUCGAGGUGAUCUGGUCCGCGGUGAAGUCCGGCUCUUUCGGCCUCUCCGUCCUACGUGCCCUUAGACUCCUCAGAAUUUUUAAGGUCACCAAAUACUGGAAGAGCCUGCGGAACCUCGUAAUAUCGCUCCUCAGCUCGAUGCGUAGUAUCAUUUCCCUUCUAUUCCUGCUCUUCCUUUUCAUCCUCAUAUUCGCGCUGCUCGGAAUGCAGCUAUUCGGUGGGCAAUUCAACUUCGAUUCCGGCACGCCACCCACAAACUUCAAUACUUUUCCCAUCGCGCUGCUUACUGUCUUCCAAAUCCUUACCGGAGAAGACUGGAAUGAGGUGAUGUACUAUGGUAUCGAGUCACAAGGCGGUCACAGAAAAGGUAUGAUGUAUUCGCUCUAUUUCAUCGUGUUGGUGCUAUUCGGCAACUAUACUCUGCUGAACGUCUUCUUGGCUAUCGCCGUCGAUAAUUUGGCCAAUGCCCAAGAAUUGAGCGCCGCCGAGGAAGAGGAGCAGGAAGAAGACAAGGAGAAACAAAUGCAGGAAAUCGAUAAGGAAAUCGAGACAUUGCAAAAACCAAACGAUGGUACAGCAUCUAAGACAGAUAUCUGUCCUCCUAGUCCAAAUCAGAAUUUUAAAGACGGUAAAGGUGGAAAGCAGGCGUCCGAAGAGAAGAAGCAGGAUGAAGACGAUGACACGGGACCAAAACCAAUGCUGCCAUACUCCUCCAUGUUUAUACUAUCCCCUACGAAUCCCGUAAGAAGAGCCGCCCAUUGGGUCGUCAAUCUAAGGUACUUCGACUUCUUCAUCAUGGUGGUAAUAUCGUUGUCGAGUAUCGCGUUGGCCGCCGAGGAUCCUGUAUGGGAACAUUCGCCGAGGAACGAGAUCCUCAACUAUUUCGACUACGCGUUCACCGGUGUCUUCACCAUAGAGAUGAUCCUAAAGAUCAUCGAUCUUGGGGUCAUAUUACAUCCUGGCUCGUAUCUACGCGAGUUCUGGAACAUUAUGGACGCGGUGGUCGUAAUAUGCGCCGCGGUGUCGUUCGCAUUCGACAUGACCGGUAGUUCAGCGGGACAAAAUUUAUCGACGAUCAAGUCGUUGAGGGUGUUACGUGUGUUGAGACCGCUUAAAACGAUUAAAAGAGUACCAAAGCUCAAGGCGGUCUUCGACUGCGUCGUUAACAGUUUGAAAAAUGUCAUUAACAUUCUCAUAGUGUAUAUAUUAUUCCAAUUCAUCUUCGCUGUGAUCGCGGUGCAACUGUUUAACGGAAAAUUCUUUCACUGCAGCGACGAGAGCAAGUAUACGAAAAAGGACUGCCAGGGUCAAUACUUCGUCUACGAGGAAAAUGUAAUGCUGCCAGAACCCAAGAAAAGGGAGUGGACGUCUCAGUGUUUUCAUUACGACAACGUUAUGGCAGCUAUGCUUACGUUGUUCGCUGUACAAACCGGCGAGGGAUGGCCACAAAUCUUGCAGCACUCAAUGGCGGCCACUUACGAGGACCAGGGUCCCAUUCAAAACUUUCGCAUCGAAAUGUCCAUUUUCUAUAUCGUCUAUUUCAUCGUCUUUCCAUUUUUCUUCGUCAACAUCUUCGUGGCCUUGAUUAUCAUCACGUUUCAAGAACAGGGAGAAGCCGAGCUUCAGGACGGCGAGAUCGAUAAAAAUCAGAAAUCAUGUAUAGACUUUACAAUACAAGCUCGCCCAUUAGAGAGGUACAUGCCGAAGAAGCUGAACGGCGUAAAGUACAAAAUUUGGAGGAUAGUCGUAUCGACACCGUUCGAAUAUUUUAUCAUGAUACUCAUCGUACUAAAUACAUUACUACUAAUGAUGAAGUUCCAUCGGCAAAGCGAGGCGUACAAGAACACGCUGAAGUACAUGAACAUGUGCUUCACGGGGAUGUUCACCGUCGAGUGCAUACUGAAGAUCGCCGCUUUUGGCGUCAGGAACUUCUUCAAGGAUUCUUGGAACACGUUCGACUUUAUUACCGUGAUUGGCAGCAUCGUCGACGCACUUGUCAUCGAAUUCGGGGAGCGGUUUUCGAGUGUGCCAAGUGGUGGCCAGCUAACUGAAAAGAAGGAGAAUUUCAUCAACGUCGGCUUCCUCAGGCUAUUUCGUGCCGCCAGACUGAUCAAACUGCUACGACAAGGAUACACGAUACGAAUUUUACUCUGGACCUUCGUGCAAUCCUUCAAAGCCUUGCCUUACGUUUGUCUCCUCAUCGCGAUGCUCUUUUUCAUCUACGCCAUCAUCGGUAUGCAGGUAUUCGGUAACAUCGAGCUGGGUGCUGACAGUUCUAUUAACAAGCACAACAAUUUCCAAAGCUUCAUACAAGGUCUGAUGCUGCUUUUUCGGUGCGCAACAGGUGAAGCUUGGCCAAACAUCAUGUUGGCCUGUAUAAAGGGUCGACCAUGCGACGUGAAAGCAGGAAAACAGGAACCAGGUGGUUGCGGUUCUAACAUCGCUUAUGCCUACUUCGUCUCGUUCAUCUUUUUCUGCUCAUUUUUAAUGCUGAAUCUUUUCGUCGCCGUCAUCAUGGACAACUUUGAUUAUUUAACGAGAGACUCGUCGAUUCUCGGUGCACAUCAUCUAGACGAAUUUGUUAGAAUAUGGGCAGAAUACGAUCCCAAGGCCACCGGUAAGGUACUUUACAACGAGGUCUACGACAUGCUCAAAGUUAUGGAUCCACCGUUGGGGUUUGGUCAAAAGUGUCCCAACAGGCUAGCAUACAAGAAACUCAUCAGAAUGAACAUGCCCGUCGAUUCCGAUGGGAAGGUCAACUUUACCACUACACUUUUCGCACUGAUACGAGAGGAUCUUAGUAUUAAAAUGAGAUGCGCGAAUGAAAUGAGACAAGCGAACGAGGAACUUCGAGAUACUAUUCGAAGUAUUUGGCCUCUGCAAGCGAAAAAGAUGUUGGACCUUUUGAUACCUAGAGACGAAGAGGUAGGCAGAGGAAAGCUCACCGUCGGUAAGAUAUACGUCGCUCUCAUGAUAAUUGAAAAUUGGAAGACGACGAAGUUUGGUCGAGAAAAACCAUCCGGACAGAACGAUAACGAUCUUAUCGAUAACGAUAAUGCUGGGCAAAGUCCUGCAGCCCAGGCGCAAUCGACCCUCUACAACUGCCUGAUGGACAUGGCGGUGGUUAACCACACCGGAAAUAGCCACACAACCGGAAGUAGAGCGAACAGCCUCGAACCCGUGAUACGUCCCACAACGGAAACGAAGCAUGAUCAACACAAGGACUUCCGUGACGAGGAGGAAGGGACCUUAGGGGCCCUAGCAGCCGCCGAGCAAAGACGACAGCGUAGCAUCAGAAACAAAAAGGUGAACUGGAAGAUGUCCCACCAGUACGAUAUACUAGGCAGCAGCGGAGAGAGUAGCCAGGGAGGGGGUGGGUCUGGGGUUGUACUCGUAGUUAAUGGCGAGGAUCGCGCCCCCGAGCUAGAGCCAUUGCUGGCUGAGGUGCCCUCCCAGCAGGAUCACGACUACUACUACCAUCACCAUCACGACCAAUACUACGAUACCGACAAUGAUCAAUACUAUGACCAUCACCACCACCACCACCACCAUCACCAUCAUCAUCAUGAUCACCGACCACCCUCGUACUACCAACACCAGACCACCUACGCACCUCGCUCCUCGAUCCGUUACCACAAGGUCUCGGCUCGAUCCAAUUCCGCAGUGGACCUGCAGAAUGUCGUAGUUAGCGACUCACGUGCCGGUAGUAUCGAGAGUUUAACGACUUAUGGUGAGAGACUUCACCCCCAUCAUCCUUCGACGCAUCCACCGAGACAUCAUUCAAGAUCGCCAAGCUUAAGAAGACAUUCACCGGUCAUGCACAGAUCGCCAUCGCCAAGGCGACACAGGCACGACCAUCAUGGAUAUUAUCACGAAGGACCAGGCUUUAGCGACACGGUUAGCAACGUCGUCGAAAUUCAGAGGCAUCAUCAUCAUCCACAUUCUUUACAAUAUAAUCGACAUAAGAUGCGAGGUCGAGACAUUCCGACAGCGACGAGGAUGACUGGUGCUAGCCAAAGUGGGACCCUGGACGGUGGUCCGGCGACGUGGACGCCCCCAGGCGUCUUUGGGUCUGUGCGUGAAUCGUCUACGUGAAUCGUCCACGUGGGACGUGCAUUGACUUUCUUGUCACGAUCGCGAGAACGCGAUUUAAUCGAGGAGGAUCGAUACGAAAAAUGCGGCUGACCGGUUUCUCGUUAAUACGCAACGAACCAAACUGAUGAACCGAACCGAAAUGAAACGAAACGAAACGAAACUAAACGAAACAAGAUAGAAAGAUGAAAAGAUUAUGAAAAAGAGAGAGAGAGAGAGAGAGAGAGAGUGAUGAUAAAGGGUGGGAAAAGGGGGUUAGGAUAUUCGAUUAUUCAAAGAGAGAUUAGAAUCGAUUUAGAAAGAAAGGACUUAUCUCGGUGAAACGAAAAUACGAGUGUGACUCUUCGUGUAACCUCGAUCGCAAACGAGGUUUGUUUCGUGUGAAAGUUUCAUUUUUCGGUCCUUUACAUUUCGAGAUAAAAAAAAGCUAGAGAUAGAGAGAAAGAGAGAGAGAGAAAGAGAAAAUAAAUAAAAGAGAAAGAUAGUGUGUGAUGGGGAAACUUGAUGAAUAAAGAAAUUCGGGUGUUUCAUGAAGGAUUCUAAGAACGAAAUAUUACACACAUAAAAAGGGAUUAAAUAUAGAAAUAAAUAAAUGUAAAAGAGAAUAUACGUAAUGCAGGAAUAGUGAAUCGCAUAUAUUCGAUUGGAUAAUCAUGCGCUCGUGCUAAAAAAUUCGUAAUCGCAUUUGUGUGAUGACAAAUAGCACGACGGACGCUUGCUUUCCUUUUGGUUUUUUCUUUUGUUUUUUCAAACAAUUUCUUCUCUGCGGCCAUUCCAAUCGGCGAAUCGGGACGAGAGGAGGGGUCCACUUUUUAUACGAUAAUUAAACAAACGGUAAAAGAAAAAAAAAAAUCAACCACAACGCAACAAUCAUAGGAACAACGGGGAAGAAGAAUAAAAAGAUAUCUAAAGGGAGAGAAAGAAAGAGAGGGAUUGUAAUCUACGAAAAGGAUACGUUUCAUUGUGAACAUAAACUUGAGAACAACUGUCAAGGCUACAAAAUACAAAACAAAAAAAAAAGAUCUUCAAAUCGGAAUGAAAGACGUAAACGCUUGGAACCCAGAUUCAUUUUCUUGUCGAAAGAAGGGGAAAAAAAAUAGAAAAAAAAUAGGAGAAAUCGUUAACUGCUUCGUUUUUCUUCUUCGUUCUAUCUUUCUUUUCUUCUCUUUCAUUCUCUCUCUCUCUCUCUCUCUCCCUCUUUCUAUCUUUCUUAUCAUCUUUCUUUCCUUCGUUCGUCGCUUUUGUUUCAUUGUUAAAUCACGAGGGUUAGACAAAUCGGAAAAUGAUAUGAACGGGUAUGAAUUUUUUCAAGUUGCAAAAAAACUUAUCGAGUGAAUAUUUUACUUGCGUUGUUACACAAUUGCAACGUUCCGAAGAUAUAGAACAGUUCUCCCGAAGGAAGAAAUACAAGAGUUACCCCUAUCCCCGGAAGUGCGUGGUGAAUUGGAUCAAAGGUAAACCGAUGAUGAUUUUCAAGGGAAAAAAAAAAAAAAACAAGAAGAGAAGCUGCCGCUAAAAUUGCGAGAUUACCCUCGAAUCGUUCGUUCGUUCGUUCGGAACGUGUUUAAAUGUGAAAAAUAAAAAUACAAUGUGAAAUACGUCGUACGCGUGUUUAAACAAAACAAAAGAAAAAAACAAAAAAACAAAAAAUAGCGAGUACUUUAAAUAAUAGGUAGGUGCAGUUUUUCUAACGACACUCGUUGGACAGUGAAUAAAAAAGAGAAAGAAAGAGAGAGAGAGAGAGAGAGAGAGAGAGAGAGAGAGAAGUUGAAGGAGAGAAUAAAAAAAUCGCCGAAUAGGAAUCACGUCGGUGUUCGAAAAAAAAAACAUCGAUCAUUGUUGCCCCCCCCCUGUACCGCCCCCCGUUGCUUUAUCGCUGCUACACAACGAUUACCCACUGUCUUGUUUUUUAAACGAAUAAACGAGCAAACAAACUAAAAUAUCUCCAACAUAUUCAAAUAACAAAAAAAAAAAAACAAGGAAAAAA